AUGGAGAGGUUCACUCGAGUAUUUUGGGCAUUUGGUCCGGCUAUUAAGGGCUUCACUUUUUGUCGUCCGUUAUUGAGCAUUGACGGUACGCAUCUAUAUGGCAAGUACAAAGGCGUGCUUCUUGUGGCGACCGGUGUAGAUGCAAAUGGCGGUUUAUUUCCUCUAGCAUUUGCAGUUGUGGAGGUAGAGGAUACUUCUAGUUGGAAGUGGUUCUUUGAACUUAUAUACAAGUGGAUUCCUAGUGUCCGUGCGCCCAGAUUAAUUACUUUUAUCUCAGAUAGGAUGAAAGGAAUUAUAAGGGCAUUACAUGAGGGUUUUGGUGCACCACAUCACCAUCGAUAUUGUUUGAGGCAUAUAAGAGAUAAUUUUAAGAAAAAACACGGUGAGAUUAAUUUGCAAAAUCUUUUGUGGCAAGCUGGGUGUGCAACCGAUACAUUAGUGUAUGAACAUUGUAGAGAGAAGAUCAAGUCUUUGUCAUUAGAUGCACAUAAUUGGAUUGAACAUAACUUGAAGCCUCAAUUCGAGCAUCGAUGGGCAUUAUGUAAGGAUGAGGGUGUGCGGUUUUGCAUGAUGACAACUAAUUGCUCCGAGAGCUUUAACGGCGUUCUUAAAGGAGCACGAGCUAUGCCAAUACAAUCAUUGGUUGCAAGAACGUUCUAUAGGCUAAACUCAUACUUCAACAAAAGGCGUGAGGACGGUGUAGACUGGACAACGCGUUACACACCAAAGAAUGAGUCUAUUUUGCAUAGAAGAAUUGAGGCGGCAAGAUUAUGUCAAAUUACUGUAUUCAAUGACAAUAAAUGGUAG